UCACCGCCCUCCUUUUGAUGGACAGCGGGGACACCGAGGCUGCCAUUCCCUAUUGGGCAAAGGCCGAAAUGCUCUGUAAAAUUAUUGGAUAAAGUUAACAUAAAUCAUCCGAGCCCUCUCCGCCCCGAGGGCACGGUCCCGACGCUGAUUGGCUGACACGGAUUUCUCGCGCUCUGAUUGGCUGAUUCCGUCUCACAAUGAGUCAGUUUCUCAGUAAUAUUGAGCCAAACAUUAUUGAUGAUGAAAUGGUUCAGAAAGCCAUUGAAGAGAGGAGUCCAGAUAACCUUGGAGAGCUUGCAAGAGAGGAGAGUGUUAAGCCUAAGGUUGUGACACAGCUACAACUUAGUUUUAAAAGCAUCCUGCAGAUUGAUAAUCUGUGGCCAUUAGAGAACCUGACUAAACUGCAGCUGGACAACAACAUCAUUGAGAAGAUAGAAGGUCUGCAGAGUCUGGUUCACCUUGUAUGGCUUGACCUGUCCUUCAACAAUAUUGAAGUAAUCGAGGGUCUGGAUACUCUUGUCAAACUGCAGGACCUCAGUCUCUACAGUAACAGAAUAUCUAAAAUUGAGCACAUGGACACAUUGCAAGAGCUGCAAAUUUUCUCCAUAGGGAAGAAUAACCUGACCAUUCUGGAAGAUGUUGUCUAUCUCAGGAGGUUAAAAAACUUACGGACACUGAACCUCAGUGGGAACCCUUUCUGCAGCCAGGAGCACUACACGCUGUUUGUUGUUGCUCAUCUUCCAAGCCUGGUGUACUUGGACUUCAAGCUCGUGAGAGACUCCACGAGAGAAACUGCAGCUUUAAAGUAUCAAGAUCUUACUAAGCCACUGGAACAAGAGGAGGCUCAUGUCCUUGCUCUGCAGGAGGUAGAAGAGGCAAAGCAGAAAGAGCUGGAGUACCACCAGACAGCCUUUGUGGAGUACCUGAAUGGAUCACUCCUGUUUGACAGUCUGUAUGCAGAGGACAGAGAAACUGCCAAACUGGCUUGCCUCCCUGGAGUGGAGGACCUGCUGCAGGCAUACAAGAAGGAGUUUGUCUUAGUUUCUGAGAACCUGUAUAACUAUGGACUGGAAGAGUAUGAAAAACGAGAAGCUGCAGUCUCUAAGUUCUACAAAAGACUCCGUGAAAUUCUGGCAGUCAACCAGCAAGAAAGCAAGAGAAUAAUCUCAGGCUUUGAGAGUCGGAACCAAAGGAGGCUGGAUGAGCUUUAUCAGGCUGGGAGUGGUGAUAUUGCUGAGUCUAAACGAGCCCAGGGCAAGGAGGACAUCCAUCAGCUGUGGGAUGCACUCAUGACCUUGGAAGCGCUGGUGUCCAACGACCUGGAGGAACUGCUACAGGAUUUUAAAAGAAGCAUUGAUGUCAUAGCAUCAACAUUCACUGAAAAUAUUCAAGGGAUGUUUAGCCGCUGCCGGGACCUGGAAAAUGAACACCAUGAAAAGCUGGUGGAGCUUAUCAUCACCACCAAGGAGAAAUUGGACAUGGAUGAGCUUGAAGAGGAUUUUCCAGAUGAUGCUCGAAUGCUCCUCGUGGAUGAAAACACCAUUGUCAACGCCAUGAACGUGUCCCACAGCAUCCGCCUGCGGAAGAUUGAUAAGAGAGAGAGCGACAUGCUCUGCAACAUCUACCAGUGGCAGAUCUCAGUGACAGAGAAGGCUUUCCAAACAGAGAACGACAGAAACCGUUCCUGUAUCCAAAAAAUCAUUUGCUUCAUCAACUCUCUGCAGAAGGAGCUGGAUAACACAGGGAUUCAGAAGCCUACAGAAUAGGGCUGGGCAGCUGCCUCAGCUGGGGCACACAGGACAGGACAGGAACAGGACAUUUCAGACCCAAUGCAUAUUUCUUCCAUCCUACCAUAAACUGCAAAUGAAAGCUACUUCUUGACUCUGGAAAAGCAUCCAAA